CUAGCUAGCGUGACACAUAUUUCUGUUCAAAUUAAAAAUUGUUACUUUCUACGUUAGAUAGAAAUGGACCAGUACAUAGUUUUCAGGAACAAUAAACGAGUGUGUCUCAGGGAAGAAGACAUGACUGGAGAAAAACUUAGUCGCAUAUUUCAGGUCUCAACUCGUAGUUUGUACCUAACUAACGAUGCAAAUGUGGCGUUGUUUCCGGGAGCAUCUGGCGUGUUCAGCUCAUUCGACCUUACUGCAAGAGGUCAUUAUGAGGUUCACGGUGAGGACGAGGACGCCUCAUCAGCUUCAACUAAUGUUAGCACGGGCCAACGUUUCGCAUUCAUGCGAACACCUUCGACUACUGCGAGUUCAACUGUCUCAGCCUCCCCCAGAGCAGUCACUAAAACAUUUCAAAGAUCACUGUACCUGGCUGAGGUCGUUGGUGGGAGGUUGAUUCCCAGCAGAAUGGUGGUGGUCAGGUUUUUGGAAUGUGAGGCUAAUCUUCAAGGGAUCAUAGGAAAAGUACAAGAUGCCAUUGGAAGCUAUGGCCCUAUGGUACUGACUGAUGCCCAGGGUAAUGCUAUUUUGGAGUCUGAAGGAACAACCGGUUCACACUACUGGAAACAGAAUGCACGGAAGAUUCUUGCUGUGCAAGAACAGGAAUUCCAGGAGUUGCAGGGUAAAAAAAGGAGGCAACUGAGGAAAUCUUAA